GUGUUCUGAACUAAUGCCAGAGUGACCCUGACCAGACACCAACUCAGAGAGCUUGGAAAGUUUGGCAGCCUACUCAUGCAAUUCAAAGCUGAGAGAAACUUUGUGAACUCCCUGCUCAGCCUUCACUGGUCACAUGACAAAGAUUUAGACUAGCACAGUUCAACACCUACAACUGUGCAUAUAUUCUCCAUAGACAGCAACAUCACAAGGACACAACAUCUCAGCAGGGCACCGCUUGUGUAACGACACCGUGAGACCCUAUAUCCACUUUCCCAGCCAGAUUGUGCUCCUCUUUAUUUCCUGCCCUACCUCAUUCCUACCUUCAACAUGUCACUGCUGACUCACGUGCUGGCGUGCCUUUUUGGUAUGGGCUCCUGGGUGGCCAUCAAUGGGAUGUGGGUGGAGCUUCCCUUGGUUGUCCCUGAGAUCCCAGAGGGAUGGUACCUACCCUCUUAUCUCACAGUCCUCAUCCAAAUGGCCAACAUAGGCCCUCUCUUCAUCACUCUUAUGCAUCGGUUUCGCCCGGGUGUGUUGGACGAGCGGCCCGUCAUCUACUGCAUCACAGGGUUAGGAAUCGUUGCUACGUUCCUGUUAGCUUUCUUCUGGAAGCACACAGUGAUAUUUGCUGACCGUCUGCACAGUGUGCCCCUGCUGACUUUAAGCUUCCUGCUAUCUGUUGUGGACUGCACUUCAUCAGUCACCUUCCUGCCCUUCAUGAUGCGUCUGCGUCCACAGUAUCUCACAACAUACUUUGCAGGAGAAGGCUUAAGUGGCCUGGUGCCUGCAGUUGUGGCUUUGAUUCAGGGAGUGGGUAUAGUCCACUGUGAAAAUGCAACUCUGGCUGUAAACUCAUCAGCGCCUAACUCCAGCCUGGUGAGCAGUGAUGAGCUACGAGCGGUCUACCAGCCGGCUAAAUUCUCUGUCCAAGUUUUCUUUAUUUUCCUGAGUGCCAUGAUGGUCGUGUGCCUGAUAGCCUUCAUCCUACUUAACCUCCAUCCAGCUGUGGCUCGAGAAAGGAACAGCGACCGAUACUUCGGUCAAGAUCUGGAAAACAAGAAGGGGGAGCAGGGUUUCUCUCUGCAUGCCCAAACACCAGAACAAAAGCCAAUGAUUAGUCCUCGAGAGGCUGCUGGGAAAGAACCACGGAGCUCCUUUGGAAAGGGGACAUAUAGCAACCUAGAGGUUUUGUUCAUCUUUAUAGUGCUGGCAUGGGUCAAUGCGUUAACCAAUGCAGUGCUGCCCUCCGUGCAAUCCUACUCCUGUCUGCCUUAUGGAAACAAAGCCUACCACCUGGCUGCCACUAUGGCUGCUGUUGCCAACCCUGUAGCCUGCUUCAUUGCCAUGUUUGCUCCAGUAAGAUCUCUUAUCUUUAUGGGAUUUUUGACUGCCUUUGGUACUGGUUUUGGAGCGUACAUCAUGGCCAUGGCAGCUCUGAGCCCCUGCCCUCUAAUGGUCCACUCCACCUCUGGAACCGCAGUCAUUGUGCUGGCCUGGAUCCUAUUUGUCCUCUCCCUGUCUUAUGUGAAGGUUAUCAUCGGGGUCAUUCUGAGGGAUGAGGGGCACAGUGCCCUCGUGUGGUGUGGUGCCGUAGUGCAGCUGGGGUCCAUGCUUGGUGCUGUGUCCAUGUUUCCACUGGUCAGCGUUUAUGGACUUUUCAGAUCAGGAGAUGCCUGCAACACUAAGUGUCCAUUUUAGAUGAAAAUCAUGUUUGUGUUAAACACCGUUGUACAACAUUUUUAGUAGAUUGCACUUAUUUAAGCCGCACUGAGCUCAAUUCACUCAUGAGUUUUACAUUUUCCAACUACUUUUUUUGGAGAACCAAGGGGCUGCAGGUGACCUUUCAAACUCCUCUUUUUAUAACAGUGGGUUUAUUUGUAUUUAUUGAAAUCUGGAGUGAGCGUUACAAACUGCUCAAUUUUACACCUGCAUGGUCAGUGUCUCAGACCAAAGAAGACCAAAUCUUAGAGUAUUUUUUAAACAUGUUUGAAAUUCCUCAUCGAUUGAGAGAUCGUUUUACUUGAACUUGUAGUGUAAUAUGUAAGGGUUGAUACUUCUGUAAU